AUGGCCGUGUCCAUUUUCAUGUCCGUGUCUCUCUUCCACGCUGCCCUCAGGUCCCCCCUCUCCUCUUUCCGCCCAUGUGCGGCGGCGCAGAGUCAGGGCGAGGGACGGGCCAGUCACGGGCAAUAUGAGACACCGUCCCCUGCCAUCUUUAAUCCUCCCCCCGAUGCUUGCCGCCACCACCACCACCACCACCCCCGCCAUCUACAACCCGUCCCACCAACUCGGGAACGCUCUGGACACCCUCUACACGGGAAACCUCGUUGCCACGGUGAAACGCGGGAACUGUCCCGUGGCAAACGCCUGCCGCGGUUGACAUGCCCAGUCCCCCAUGGAAGUCAUGCGCCUGAGUCGGGUAACAUGGGCUGCUCUUCUACUCAUCUUGCCAAGAUUGAUCGAGAGGAGAAUCGACUCUUGGACUUGGCUCGGGGCAGCUUUGGACGAGAGGUGUGGUCUGAUGCCAAGCAUCGCGAGCCGAAUUCAUCCUGCAAUAGGGUCUUUAAGACCUCUGCCAAGAAUCCCAGGAAUGGAAGACUAAAUAGCUCAUACUAG